GCUGCCCAAGAUUAUUAUUCACCCACUGGAACGACGACACGAGUGAGGUGACAGCAGAUUGAAGUGGAUGAUUACGGUCGCGUAUAUUCCUGGAUGAAUCAAGCGUGGUUUUAGGUGAAAGCAAGGCUUGGCGCAUGGAUUGAGACGCGACACGACGACACGCUCCGACUUGGUUGUUACUCCUCCACACAGCCUAACACAGCACUAUACCGCCAACACCAUGUCGGCCUUUUCUUUGUCGAGGACCGAGAGUCCGCAAGCUUUUGUGUCGAGUUUCGCACCACGCGUUCGCACAUACCAAAAUUCGCUACUCACGCCUGCCAUCCAACCACCGAAUGCCAUCGCUUCAUUGCGCACAACAAAGCGCGGUACCACGGCCAUCAACUACUCGGAGGAUCUCGAGAACGACAGUUUGGUGGAAGACAGCGAUGCGCCCCGACGACCCACUGGUCUGCGCAGUUUGCGGCAGAACGAGUCGCAGACAGCCGUCAGCACCGGAGCCGUGCAGUCAACCGAACUGACCAAUCCUGUGGACGUGCAAGGCAUCUGGCGAGAAUGGAUGGGCAAGCCUAAGAAGGCCAUGACAGAAAGACAGGUCAUGCUGCAAGCACAACUCCCUCUCAACCUGGUCCCCAUCCGCAUCGACCUGAGCGUCACCCCUUUCCAGCCAGAGGCACCUCUGCCCAAGCCCAACAACGCGCGCGAACUUGGAGUCGACGAGAACUCGCCCGCAUACAAAGCCCCCGACAUGACACCCGAGUUCCGAAUCAAGGAUAGCUUCCUGUGGAACUUGCACGAGGCUCUCAUGACUCCCGACCAGUUCGCAAAGGUCUUUGUCGACGAACUGGACUUUCCCUUGGACCGCCGCCCCGUGCUGGCAUUGCAAGUCUCUCAGCAGAUCCGAACUCAACUAGAGGAGCAUGCUGCUGUCGUCAUGCACCCGCUGUUCAACCCUACACCCACUACAGAGACCCGCCAAAUCUCGACUCGCGCUCCCAUAUCACGCGAGCUAUCUUCCACUGCCUUCACGCAUAUCCCGUCUGCACAACAACCACAGACGAACGGUGUCAGCACCCCUAAUGUCGCCCAAACACCCUUGCCCAACGACGCUAAUGUCUCUGCCGUUGCCCAACCUCUACCGCCCUCCUCCGUACACAACCCUGACGACGCCCACCGCUGCAUCAUCUCACUCUCGAUCAAUCUCAUGAAUAGACUUUAUACCGACAAGUUCGAGUGGUCCCUCAUGCAUCCCGCGGGCUUCCCAGAAAUCUUCGCUAAACAGACUUGCGCCGACCUGGGUUUGACAGGAGAGUGGGUGCCUGCACUUGCGCACGCCAUAUACGAAGCUGUUCUGAAGCUGAAGAAAGACUACUGCGAGAACAAUGGCUCCCUGCUUGGCGUCAUUGGCAGUGGUAUUGACGCCUGGGGACAAGUGGAUAACGAAGCUGCCGAAGUACAUGGCGAUGGCGCAUUAGCAGUUGGAGAAGCAGCUGGCUGGCGUUUCGACAAUGAGGAUCUCGGUGCCGAAUGGCAACCGCGUGUGGAAGUCUUGAGCAAAGAGGAAAUCGAGAAGCGUGAAGGUGAUCGCGAGCGCCAGAUCCGCAGAAUGAGACGCGAGACGGCUGCACGCGCUACCGCUGGCUUCGCACCACCACCCGCUUUGGCAAACGAAUAUUUCGGAUCCCAGGCUGGCGCUGGUGAUGAAGAGCGCAUGGGUAGAGGCGAGAGAAGCAAGAAGAAGAGGCGUUUCCGCAGUUUGAGUCCUAGUGGCCGCGAGACACCUGAUUUUACUGCUGCCUUUGGUGGUGAGCAGGGCAAGUUGACCGAAGUGGAGCGCCCUGUCUGGCAGUGCAGUCAUUGUCGCAUCGGCGGAAGUGCUGUAUGGGCUGUUCGCGACGGGCCCAACGGACCCAGGUCACUCUGCAACAAUUGCGGUCUUCUAUACGCGCGCGACAAGCGUCUUCCACCAUGGGCCAAGGAUCUCUACUUGAUCGAACAACCCAAGCCCAGCAGACCCGAACCACCAACCCACUCAAUACACCACGCACCACCCCACACACCCUCUGGCUUCAUCCCAAACCCCCACCGCCAAAUCUCCAUGCAACCACCCCAAACCGGCGGCAACGGCAGCGAUAGCCCCCACCUCCGCCACCAACUCUCAGAUCUUCCCGACGUAUACGCAGCUACUGUCCGCGGCGGCGGCCCUAGCAUGUUUGAAGACUACGCCGUGGAAGGCGAAGACCUGGAUUGGACAAAAGUCAACGAUCCGCGUGAGAGAAAGAGAUUGCAGAAUAUCAUCAAUGGUAGAAAGUAUAGGGAGAGGAGGUUGGCUGCAGAGGCUGCGGCUGCUAUUGCUGCGGGGAAUAGUCCGGCUCCUAUGAGAUAG